AUGGCCCUUCAUGCACAGAAGCCUGACGACGGUGACUCGGACGUCAUCCCCAUCUCUUACUUUGCCCCCAAAGACAAGAUGCCGUCGCACUCUGACAGCGAAGGCCUUCAGGUCGACACGUCCAAUGCCCCUGAGGUAGCACACCUCUACGGUCAGCACAAGCUGUACUACAAUCCGCCGGAGUACCAGCAGCCAGAGCCAGAGUCAAGUCCACAGCAGAAACAGAUUCAUGUUCCUUUUGGCCUUGGAAUAUGGACCUUCGGCCUCCUCAUUGGUGUCUUGGCUGCUGUCGUUGUUGGCGCGGGAGUUGGUGGAGGAUGCGCUGCUGCGCUGGGAAAUUGCUCUAGCAACAAUACAGAAUGCACCGAAUGUUCCGAAGCUGCCCCACUCGAGACCAUUUCAUGCCCCUCCAUCGAGCCCAACAACACGUCUUCGGAAAAUACUACAGACCCCUACGUCCCGAGACGAGCAUCAGCCGUGGAGAGACUGGAACUCAACUGCCCCACAGACUUCCGACAAAGAACAGUCUUCAAGUCUAACAAAGGCUAUGAGUUCUCUUGGUACUGUGGUGUAAACGUACCUGCAGGUGACCCUGCCAAGGGAGGCGGCGUUAUGGGAGAUGUAGCACCUAUAAUCGCCUACACUCUCGAAGACUGUCUAAAUGCCUGUGCCGCAAUGAUCGAUAGGGAUGAAAACAGGGGGACGGGAGUCAAGUGCAAGAGCGUCGUCUUCGAUAGACGGAUGGCUGAGAUGGUAGGCAAACUAGGCGCAAACUGCUUCUUGAAGAACGGUACCAAGCCAGAAGGGGGCGAGUGGGGGUUUAAUGACGACCUCAUGGCUUAUGCCGAAAGGAAUGAUUGA